AACCACCCGACGGAAACAACCGAAGUGUAACUCCCGUCUCUGUUCAUCAUGGCUACCGUAUGCACUAGUCUGCACAGUAACGCUCUGCUCGGAGAUUGAGUCUCCGUUUUCUUUCAGUGCCUCAUAUUUACUCUCUCCAUCCUCGACAUUUCGACAAAAAGUCCCGCUUGCAUGAGCCCAAGCGUCCCCGGUUGUGUUGUCUCACGAAAACGAGCCUUCAUCAAGCAUUUCGUCGGGCCUUAAACACCCCCUUAAAAAGGGAAAACAGGCAACAUUUUAUUUCUCCCAUGACCUGGUCACACUUUUCGCCUUUAUGAACCAUGUGUGAGAACUGCGCCGAGCUGCUGGAGGUGCUCAAUGAGAUCUCAGAUUCAGACAGCUCAGACGGCCUGCAGCUGAAGAAAGAACAUGCCUUAAGAGUAUUCACUUACAUCAGCACGUGGACACAGAGGCAAUGUCUGUGCUGUUUUAAAGAAUACAAACACCUCGAGGUAUUUAGCCAGCUCGUCUAUGCCCUCAUUAACCUGGUUAUUGCCCAAGUGACCAACCUUAGGGACCGUCUCCGUAGUGGCCAUGGUAACAGUAGGACUGAGGGGGUGGGGUCAGAAUGGGACUCCGCCCAGCCACAGCCAUCUCCCGGUGAGGACGAGCCUUUGAAUGUGGAAAGGGACUCGGCUGAGGAGGAUGGUGGAAACGAGGAAGGAGAGCAGAACCAAAAGCAGUGCGUCAAACCGGACCCCCUGCCCAGGAUCAGUGAGCCCACGUCAAGCGAGAGCGGGAAUGAGAGCAGCCUGGAACUUUUUCCUUCCUGGAGCACGGAAGACCAGGAGAAACUGCUGCUGUGUGCUGCCAAGAUCUUUCAGAUUCAGUUCCCCCUGUACACGGCCUACAAACACAACACGCACCCCACUAUAGAGGAUAUCUCGGCACAAGAAAGCAAUAUCCUUGGCUCUUUCUGUGAUAUGAAUGACGUGGAAGUUCCCCUACACCUGCUGCGAUAUGUUUGUAUGUUCUGCGGGAAACACGGCCUCUCCCUAAUGAAAGACUGUUUCGAGUUUGGUGCUCCUGAUACUCUUCUCUUCCCCAUUGCUCAUGCCUUCAUCACCAUUGUCUCUAAUAUCAGAAUAUGGUUGCACAUUCCCGCUGUGAUGCAGCACAUCAUCCCUUUUCGCACUUAUGUUAUCAGAUAUCUGUGUAAGUUGUCGGAUCAGGAGUUGCGUCAGAGCGCAGCGAGGAACAUGGCCGAUCUGAUGUGGAGCACGGUGAAGGAACCGUUGGACAGCGCGCUGUGUUUUGACAGGGAGAGUUUGGAUCUGGCCUUCAAAUACUUCAUGAGUCCAACGCUCACCAUGAGACUCGCCGGACUCAGCCAGAUCACGAAUCAGCUACACACCUUCAAUGACGUCUGUAACAAUGAGUCCCUGGUGUCUGACACUGAGACGUCAAUAGCAAAGGAACUCGCCGACUGGCUUAUCAACAACAAUGUCGUAGAGCACAUAUUUGGACCAAAUUUGCACAUUGAGAUCAUUAAACAGUGCCAAGUGAUCCUGAACUUCCUGGCUUCAGAGGGACGGUUGAGCACUCAACAUGUGGACUGUAUAUGGGCGGCUGCUCAGUUGAAGCACUGCAGUCGCUACAUCCAUGAUCUCUUCCCCUCCCUCAUAAAGAACCUUGACCCGGUUCCUCUACGGCACGUGCUCAGUCUGGUGUCCGGCUUACACCCCAGUGCGCACACAGAGCAGACGCUGUAUUUGGCAUCAAUGUUGAUCAAGGCCUUAUGGAAUAACGCCCUGGCAGCCAAAACUCAGCUAUCCAAACAGAGCUCCUUCGCCUCGCUGCUUAACACCAACAUUCCCAUGGGCAACAAGAAAGGUUCUCCUGCGGGAAGUCCGGAAAGCAGUGACAACAGCGACACGCAUCACAGUGGAGGAAGUGACAUGGAGAUGGACGAGCCAAUCAUGAGCAGCGGUAAACGAGGACAACAGAGGCUAUCAGACACAGAGGAGUCCCUGCAGGGCAGCUCGGAUGAGACGGCCAACAGCGGAGAGGAGGGCAGCAGCAGCGGUCGCAGCGAAGCGUCCAGUAACGAGGCCGGAUCCAGCAGAGCCAGCCAAUCGGCAGGCAGCCCGGGGAGCGAGCUGCACUCUGACGACAUGGCCGACAGCGAGGCCCUGAAAGAAGAAGAAGAGGAGGAGGAGGAGGAAGAAGAGGACGAUGAUGAGGAUGAUGAAGAUGACGAUGAAGACGACGAUGACGACAGACCUGCCGUGGCGUCAGAGGGAAGCCCGCAGAAAGAAAGCAGAGAUACCUCCACAUCAGAACUACGCAAACGGAAAGCAGGGGAAGCUCUCGGAGAUGUCCAAGGUCCUCCGGAACGAACCGGAAUUCAGCCCGGCAUUCCCGGCAACAUUACCUCCGGUCCCACCCUUUCCAAAACCAAAUCUGUCCCCUUCUCUCCAGAGACAGCCGCUGCCAUGGUAGCCUCUUCGUCAUCUUCCCUUAGAAUUCUUGAUCCGUGCACCUCUUCAUCCAUGUGUCUGGAAGGAACAUCCGGAGAGCAGGCCGACCCCUCUUCACAUUCCCAGAAUCCACAGCAACCACAGCAAGACAUGGGCCCAACCCAGGAGCCUUCCUGUUUGCCUCGACCAUCAGACUUCCUGACGGAGGCCAUGGGCAAUGAACUUUUCAAUUGCAGACGCUUCAUCAGCCCACAGCAACAUCAUCAUCACCAUCAUCACCACCAUCAUCAUCACCACCACCAUGAUGGUCAUAUGGUAGAGGACAUGCUGAGCGCAGACGACGUAAGCUGUAGCAGUUCCCAGGUCAGCGCGAAGUCCGAGAAGAACAUGGCGGAUUUCGACGGAGAGGAAUCCGGGUGCGAGGAAGAGCUGGUUCAGAUCAAUUCACACGCCGAGCUCAGCUCACACCUGCAGCAACAUCUGCCCAACUUGGCCUCCAUAUACCACGAACACCUGGUGCAAGGUCCGGCAGUGCACAAACAUCAGUAUUCCACCCACGCUGUGACUGACAUCAACUUGGACAACGUCUGCAAGAAAGGCAACACUCUUCUGUGGGAUCUUGUCCAGGACGACAAUGCGAUCCACCUAUCAGAGGGCUUGAUCAAUGAAGCAGAGAAGCUGUUGUGUUCUUUGGUCUGUUGGUUUACCGACCGGCAGAUCCGCAUGCGUUUCAUCGAGGGCUGUCUGGAGAACCUCGCUAACCACCGGUCGGUGGUGGUGUCCUUGCGUUUGCUGCCCAAGCUUUUUGGAACCUUUCAGCAGUUUGGCUCCAGCUACGACACUCAUUGGAUAACCAUGUGGGCUGAGAAGGAGCUUCACAUGAUGAAGCUCUUCUUUGAUAAUCUCUUGCACUAUAUCCAGGAAGUGAGAGAGCAGCGCCACAAAUUUGCUCUGUACAGUCAUAGUGCAGAGGUGCAAGUGCGUCUGCAGUUUCUCACCUGCGUGUUCUCAACGCUUGGAUCACCUGACCACUUCAGGUUGAGUCUGGAGCAGGUGGAUAUCCUGUGGCACUGUUUAGUGGAGGACUCUGAGUGUUACGACGACGCCUUGCACUGGUUUUUAAAUCAGGUCCGAAGUAAAGACCAGCAUGCCAUGGGCAUGGAGACCUAUAAGCAUCUGUUCCUCGAAAAGAUGCCUCAGCUGAAACCAGAGACGAUCAGCAUGACAGGGCUCAAUUUGUUUCAGCAUCUGUGUAAUCUGGCUCGUCUGGCGACAAGUGCUUAUGACAGCAGCUCAAACUGCGAGUUGUGUGGUAUGGAUCAGCUGUGGGGUAUCGCCUUGAGGGCUCAGUCCGCCGACAUCAGCCGAGCUGCUAUCCAGUAUAUCAACUCCUAUUACAUCAGCGGUAAAACGGGUCUAGAGAAGGAGCAGGAGUUCAUCAGUAAGUGUAUGGAGAGUUUGAUGAUGGCGUCUGCUAACCUGGAGAAAGACGCUCACUCCAGUCUCACCAUCAUAGAGAGAGGACUACUGCUCCUCAAAACACACCUGGAGGCCUUCAGGCGCAGGUUUGCAUAUCACCUGAGGCAGUGGCAAAUCGAGGGGACGGGCAUCAGCAGCCAUUUGAAAGCUCUCAGCGACAAACAGUCUCUCCCACUCCGGAUCGUGUGUCAGCCUGCAGGACUGCCUGACAAGGUGACCAUGACAUCAUCAUCGAUGACCAUUGAGAUGUACCCCAGCGAUCAGGUGGCUGACCUGAGGGCGGAGGUCACUCACUGGUACGAGAACCUUCAGAAGGAUCAACUCAGCCAGCAGGCGCAGCUGCAGGAGUUUGGCCAAACCAGUCGUCAACAAGACUUCCCAGGUGGGCUGAUGGGUCCAGUUCGCAUGAUCUCGUCAGGACACGAGCUGACCACCGACUACGAUGAAAAAACUCUUCAUGAGCUCGGCUUCAAAGACAUGCAGAUGGUGUUCGUGUCUCUGGGCGCCCCGAGGAGAGAGAGGAAGGGCGAGGGGGUUCAGCUGCCGGCCUCGUGUUUGCCGCCUCCUCAGAAGGAGCACAUCCCUAUGCUGCUGCUCCUGCAGGAGCCACACCUCACCACACUCUUCGACCUGCUGGAGAUGCUGGCCUGCUUCAAACCGCCCAGUCCAGACAGACCCCAGCACAGCACUGAGAGCGUUCGCUGUGAGGAGCUUCACCUCCACGCUGAGAAUCUGUCUCGCCGCGUGUGGGAGCUGCUCAUGCUUUUGCCCACCUGUCCCAGCAUGCUUCAGGCCUUCCAGAACAUCUCAGAUGACACGGGAUCUGACGGUUUGUGCUGGAAGGAUCUUCUGAGGAUCAAGAGCGCCCAUAAGCUGCUCUACGCGUUGGAAAUCAUAGAGGCUCUCGGCAAACCGAAUCGCAGGAUUCACCGCGAAUCUACAGGCAGCUACAGUGAUUUGUAUCCAGACUCGGAUGACUCCAGCGAAGAACAGAUCGAGAACAGUAAGAACACGUGGAGCUGCAAGUUUGUGUCGUCUGGAGGUCUUCAGCUUCUGCUGGACAUUUUUAACUCUGCGAUCCUAGAGCCAAAAGAGCAGGAAUUCUGGACGGUGUGGUUGUUGGACUGUCUUGCCUGUCUGCUGAAGCUGAUCUGUCAGUUUGCCGUGGACCAGGCCGAUUUGGAUUUGGCGUAUCACGAUGUCUUCGCCUGGUCCGGUCUCACCGACACGCAAAGGAAGAGAGCGUGGCCGGGGAAGUCUCGAAAAUCUACCGUGGAUCAUGGGAAGAACUUACACAUACCCCGUCUUACGGAGGUGUUUCUGAGUCUCGUUCAAGACACCAACCUCAUUCAGCGGCUCAUUAACUUGGCUUACACGUACGACAAUCUGGCACACAGGGUUCUGAAGGCCCAAUCAGAUCACAGGUCCAGACAUGAGGUGACUCAUUACUCAAUGUGGCUGCUGGUAAGUUGGGCUCACUGCUGUUCUGUGGUGAAGUCCAGCCUGGCCGACAGUGAACAGCUACACGAUUGGCUGAAAAAGCUCACGCUGCUCAUACCUGAGACGGCGGUACGUCAGGAGGCGUGCAGCGGUCUGUAUAAGCUCUCUCUGUCUGGACUCGAGGGUGGAGAAUCCAUCAAUAGAUCCUUCCUGCUUCUUGCUGCAUCAACGCUAUUAAAGUUCCUGCCAGACGCACAAGCUCUCAAACCCAUCAGAGUGGAGGAUUUUGAAGAAGAGGCGUUGUUCAGGACCGGCUGUAAGGAAUACUUCUGGCUGCUCUGUAAACUCAUUGACAACAUCCACGUAAAAGAUGCCAGUCAGACCACCUUGCUGGACCUGGACGCCCUUGCCCGACACCUCGCCGACUGCAUCCGCAGUCGCGAGAUUUUGGACCAACAGGACGGGGCGAUCGAGGACGACGGUCUAACUGGUCUGCUGCGGCUGGCCACCAGCGUCCUGAAGCACAAGCCUCCAUUUAAGUUCUCACGGGAAGGUCAGGAGUUCCUGAGGGACACGUACGACCUGCUCUUUCUGUUGCCCAGCCUGAAGGACCGACAGCAGCCCAAAUGCAAAAGUCCUGCGGCCCGCGCAGCAGCAUACGACCUGUUAGUGGAGGUGGUUAAGGGCUCGGUGGAGAAUUACAGAUUGCUGCACAACUGGGUUAUGUCGCAACACAUGCAGGCGUCUCACGCUCCGUAUAAGUGGGAUUACUGGCCCCAUGAUGAUGUCAGAGCCGAGUGUCGCUUCGUAGGUCUGACCAACCUGGGCGCCACGUGUUACCUGGCGUCCACCAUCCAACAACUCUACAUGAUCCCAGAGGCCAGACAGGCGGUCUUUACUGCCAAAUAUUCAGAGGAUAUAAAGCAUAAGACCACACUGCUGGAGCUGCAGAAAAUGUUUACGUAUCUCAUGGAAAGCGAGAGGAAAGCAUAUAACCCUCGUCCGUUCUGUAAGACCUACACCAUGGACAAGCAGCCGCUGAACACGGGUGAACAAAAAGACAUGACGGAGUUCUUCACAGACCUCAUCACCAAAAUAGAGGAGAUGUCUCAGGACCUGAAAAACACAGUCAAAACACUGUUUGGAGGCGUCAUCACCAACAACGUUGUUUCACUGGAUUGUGAUCAUGUGAGUCAGACGGCCGAGGAGUUUUAUACAGUGAGGUGUCAAGUGGCCGAUAUGAAAAACAUCUAUGAGUCUCUGGAUGAGGUGACUAUUAAAGACACAUUGGAAGGUGACAACAUGUACACCUGCUCACAGUGUGGGAAGAAAGUGCGCGCUGAGAAAAGGGCAUGUUUCAAAAAGCUUCCCAGGAUCUUGAGUUUCAACACCAUGCGUUACACCUUCAACAUGGUCACCAUGAUGAAGGAGAAAGUCAACACACACUUUUCUUUCCCUCUGAGACUCGACAUGACGCUCUACACAGAGGACUUCCUCAUGGCCAAGGGUGACCGAAAAGAAGGUUUCCGUGACGAGGGUGACACGAAGCCUGCGGAGAGUUACGAGUAUGACCUCAUCGGAGUGACCGUGCACACGGGCACAGCUGAUGGCGGCCAUUAUUACAGUUUCGUCAGGGACAUCGUGAACCCGCAUGCUUACCGCAAUAACAAAUGGUAUCUAUUCAAUGAUGCAGAGGUGAAACCGUUUGAUUCUGCACAGUUGGCCUCGGAGUGCUUCGGUGGAGAAAUGACGACAAAGACUUAUGACUCUGUCACUGACAAGUUCAUGGAUUUCUCCUUUGAAAAGACCCACAGUGCAUACAUGCUGUUUUAUAAGCGAGUGGAGGUGGAGGAAGAAAAUGGGAAAGAUUUUAACUUUGACAUUUCUCCUGAUCUUCUGGAGUGGAUCUGGCAUGAUAACAUGCAGUUCCUCCAGGACAAAAACAUCUUUGAACACACAUACUUCGGUUUCAUGUGGCAGCUGUGCAGCAGUAUUCCCAGCACUUUACCGGACCCUAAAUCUGUGUCCCUCAUGACGGCGAAACUCAGCACAUCGUUUGUUCUGGAAACUUUUAUUCACUCCAAAGAAAAGCCCACAAUGCUGCAGUGGAUCGAACUUUUGACCAAACAGUUCAACAACAGCCAAGCUGCUUGCGAGUGGUUUUUGGAUCAGAUGGCGGAUGACAACUGGUGGCCCAUGCAGAUUCUAAUCAAGUGUCCCAAUCAGAUCGUCCGGCAGAUGUUCCAGAGGUUGUGCAUCCAUGUGAUCCAGAGGUUGAGGCCAGUCCACGCUCACCUUUACCUGCAGCCGGGCAUGGAGGAUGGCUCUGAUGACAUGGACGGGCCGGUGGAGGACAUCGGCAGUCGCUCCUGUGUGACGCGAUUUGUCAAAACGCUGCUGUCAAUCAUGGAACAUGGAGUGAAGCCUCAUAGCAAACAUCUCACCGAAUACUUCGCCUUCCUCUAUGAGUUUGCUAAAAUGGGCGAAGAGGAGAGUCAGUUCCUGUUGUCUCUUCAAGCCAUUUCUAUAAUGGUGCAUUUCUACAUGGGAACUAAAGGACCUGAAAAUCCUCAAGUGGAGGUGUUGUCUGAGGAAGAGGAGGGCGAGGAAGACGAAGAGGAGGACAUCCUCUCGCUGGCCGAGGAGAAGUACCGACCUGCCGCUCUGGAGAAGAUGAUCGCUCUCAUAGCUCUGCUAGUAGAGCAGUCCAGAUCCGAGAGACACUUGACCUUGUCUCAGAGUGACAUGGCUGCGCUGACUGGAGGAAAAGGUUUUCCGUUCUUGUUCCAGCACAUCAGAGACAGUAUCAACAUCAGACAAACCUGCAACCUCAUAUUCAGCCUCUGCAGAUACAACAACCGCCUGGCAGAACACAUCGUGUCAAUGCUGUUCACCUCGAUAGCUAAACUGACACCAGAGGCAGCAAAUCCCUUCUUCAAGUUGUUGACGAUGCUGAUGGAGUUCGCUGCCGGUCCUCCUGGAAUGCCCUCGUUUGCCUCCUACAUCCUGCAGAGGAUCUGGGAGGUUAUAGAGUACAACCCAUCGCAGUGUUUGGACUGGUUGGCGGUUCAGACUCCCCGUAAUAAGCUGGCUCACAGCUGGGUCCUGCAGAACAUGGAGAACUGGGUGGAGAGAUUUCUGUUGGCGCACAACUACCCGCGUGUCCGAACCUCUGCUGCGUAUCUCCUGGUGUCCCUCAUCCCGAGUAACUCCUUCCGGCAGAUGUUUCGUUCCACACGUUCUCUUCACAUCCCGACACGAGACCUUCCUCUGAGUCCCGACACGACGGUCGUAUUGCACCAGGUUUACAACCUGCUGCUGGGUCUGCUCGGCCGGGCCAAACUCUACGUGGAUGUGCCGGUGCACGGGACCACCAAAUUGGUCCAGUAUUUCAGCUUCAUGACUUACUGUCUCAUCUCCAAAACUGAGAAGCUCAUGUUCUCCAGUUACUUCAUGGACCUCUGGAACCUCUUCCAGCCCAAGUUAUCAGAACCAGCAAUUGCCACAAAUCACAACAAACAGGCCCUUCUGUCUUUCUGGUACAACGUUUGCAUGGACUGCAGUGAGAACGUGCGGCUGAUCGUCCAGAACCCCGUCAUCACCAAAAACAUCGCCUUCAACUACAUCCUCGCGGAUCACGACGAUCAGGAGGUGGUGCUGUUCAACCGCGGCAUGCUGCCGGCGUACUACGCCAUCCUGCGCAUGUGCUGCGAGCAGUCACCCGCCUUCACCCGCCAGUUGGCGUCCCACCAGAACAUCCAGUGGGCCUUCAAAAACCUCACACCCCAUGCCAGCCAGUACCCCGGGGCGGUGGAGGAGCUUUUUAACCUCAUGCAGCUAUUCGUGGCUCAGAGGCCUGACAUGAGAGAGGAGGAGCUGGAAGAUAUCAAGCAGUUUAAGAAGACCACCAUCAGCUGUUACCUGCGAUGUCUAGACGGCCGCUCCUGCUGGACCACACUCAUCAGUGCCUUCCGUAUAUUGCUGGAGAACGAUGAGGACCGGCUGCUGGUGGUUUUUAACAGAGGAUUGAUUCUCAUGACGGAGUCGUUCAACACCCUUCACAUGAUGUACCAUGAGGCCACAGCGUGUCAUGUGACGGGUGAUCUUGUGGAGCUGCUCUCCAUCUUCCUGUCUGUUUUAAAGGCGACGCGACCCUACCUGCAGCGCAAAGAUGUGAAGCAGGCUUUGAUUCAAUGGCAGGAGAGAAUUGAUUUCGCUCAUAAGCUGUUAACGCUGCUAAACUCCUACAGUCCUCCAGAACUACGCAACGCCUGUCUGGAUGUCCUGAAGGAACUGGUGCUCCUGAGUCCUCAUGACUUCCUGCACACGCUCGUACCCUUCCUGCAGCACAAUCACUGUACCUACCAUCACAGCAACAUUCCCAUGUCAUUCGGGCCGUAUCUGCCUUGUAGAGAAAACAUCAAGUUGAUGGGAGGGAAGAACAACAUUCGACCUCCUCGACCUGAGCUCAACAUGUGCCUGCUGCCAUCCAUGGUGGAAACCAGCAAGGGUAAAGAUGAAGUGUACGAUAGGAUGUUGUUGGACUACUUCCUGUCGUAUCAUCAGUUCAUUCACCUGCUCUGUAGAGUCGCCAUUAACUGUGAGAAAUUCACAGAGACCCUCAUCAAACUCAGUGUACUGAUCGCUUACGAAGGACUUCCUUUGCACCUGGCUCUCUUUCCAAAACUGUGGACUGAACUCGCACAGUCUCAGUGUGCGAUGUCUCAGUCAUGCGUGAAGCUGUUGUGUGAAGACCCAGCGUUCGGCGAGUACAUGAAAUGCAUCCUAAUGGACGAGAGGUCUUUCCUCAACAACAACGUCGCUUAUUCUUUCCUUACCUGCUUCUUGCACAAAGUGCAGGUCCAAGUGUUAUCAGGCCAAAGCUGUUCCAACCUCAUCAACGUGUUGGUCACCAACCUUCUGAACGAGUACCACAGCCUUCAGCCCGAACUGACCAAUCAGAGAGCAGAGAUUAGCAAGACCAGCAGUCUUCUCAAUGCAGAUCUGCGGGCACUGGUGCUGAUUCUGUCGGUUUACACCCCUCAGCAGUUUGACCCGGCUUUAGGUCCGGCUUUACAGGAGCUGCUGUCCAAAUGCAAACUGUGCCUGCAGCACCAUGCCACUUUAGAGAUGGAGGCUAAGGAACGCAAAGAUGAAAAAGUGGAUGAGGAGGGCGUCACCCCCGUUAAACGCAGAAGGGUGAGCAGCAGUGCUGAUGAUCGUCCAGCAGAUGGCGGCCGUAGCACUCCCUCGACCUCCUCAUUGGCUCCCUGCUCGGAGCAGAAGGCAGAGCCGGGCGAGGCGUUAACGCCGACCAGCACUUCAGACACAGAGACCCGAGACUCCUCCCUCAUCGACCCGGGAACCGAAAACGACCCGCCCUCUCCCGACAGCGCAUCCAUGGAGGAGAAAAAAAUGGACGCUUCUUCGUCGUCAUCAUCAUCGUCUUCUUCGUCUUCAUCGUCCUCUCUCCCCGAGACAUUUAGUCGGACAGGUGAAUCUCAACAACCCCAGAUAGCGGGAAGAGAGGAAGAGGAAGUUCGAAGGAAAGAGCCACGGGAGCAAGACACCGAACCCGAAAAAGAGGAGCUCCCCUCCACCUCCGCAGAAUCGGCGCUUUUACUCUCCAACCUUUCGGAUGCUGCCGAGGGGCAGGGCUGCUCGCUCCAAGAGGCGGAGUCUGAGGGAUAUGGACACGCCCUUUCACAAGGAGUGUUAAAUACUACAGCGCAACAGCAGGAUACUUUAGAAAUGCUUUGUCGCACGGUCGAGGCCACCAUCGCUGUGGUUGCCAAACUGUCAAACGGCGGGAAAGGAGGGUCACGCCCCUCUGCUUUGUGAUUACCCACCUUCGGUUUUGUCUUUUUUUUUAAUGUGUAAUUCAAAUCAAAUUUUGUUUGCUGCCCUCGCUCAUCAACUGUUUUGUUUUUGCCGUGGUGCUCUGAAUGUUAGCGGUAAGUAACCGCAGGUUCCAACUCCAGGGUACUCACGGGGACAGAUGUGAAAAAUAAACGAUAGCGGUUGAGGGCAUUCGUUUUUUUAAACCUUUUGUUGGUUCGUUUGUUUUUGAAGUGGUUUGUUUUUGAGGCUGCAGUGUAACAGGGAAAGGUUUACAGCGUUUUAGUCCCGUCAGUGCAUAAUUUAAUUUGCCUUUUUAUUCACGUGUAUUAUUAUCGAUCGUCUUCUGUGCCAGUUUUGUACUUGCAGGCAUGAGGCUAAAGUGGCCUCAGUGUUUUUUCCCUGUGGUGGAUAUCAAAAACUAUGUUUACUUGUACACUGAACCGAAGAAAGAACCACAAGAACAUUGAUUCUGUUAAGAAUCUUCUAGAUGUCGCCUGGCUUUGUAAAUGAGAGGGUAAAAUAUAUAUGUCUAUAUAUAAGUUUAUAUAUAUACAUAUAUAAAUGCAUAAAUAUAUUUCUGUAUGAUAUAUGUAUACAGUAUAUAUCCAUUGAAGCGCAGUAUACUGUAUAUAUAAAUCUACUGUAUAUAUACCUAUGUUGUGUAUAUAGAAACUUGAGGUGCUUUUUUUUCAGGCAGAAAACAUUUGUGGCCUGAAUAUUGCACAUUUGCUGGAAGAGUCGGAGCUCUAUUUUAUUUACCAAAAUACAUUCCAUAAUCUAUUGGAUGUCAUUUUUUUUUUGCGUUCUCUGUAUUUGAUUUUUUCCGUUUUGAUUUAUUUUAAUAUAGGAUAUAACUUAAUAAAAUUUUAAUAUGAUUUAAUUAUGAACCGAGUCCAAAAGCAGGCUGUCGGGUGAUUUCUUUCCAGUGCCGAAUCGUGGGAAGCGUUCUGAAUGAGCUUGAUGGAUGUGUGCGAAAUUGUAUAUUAAGGUUUUGUCUAAAUACCCACACUUGACUACUUACGGGUACAUAGGUAUCAAUAGCCAACAAUACAUUGUAUUGAUUUUUUUAAAUUGAUCAUGAAGAAUAUCUGUAUUAAAGCA